GAGACUCUUGUGGUGAUUCUUCCAUUGAUCCGUUCUUGGAUUCGUUCGUCUUGUGUAUUUUCCCGAGCCUUUGUCUUCCCUGUAAUAUCUGCGUUCGUGGGAAUGACGAUCGAUCGCCACUCCUUUCAUUUUGUGAAGUACGGCGGUCAGAUAUGAUUGUUUCUGUCUCAAUUUGUUCCUGCUCACCAGCUAGUUUGACACCAUGGUCUCAUUUGAGAUGAAUGAUCUGAAAAAAAUUGGGCUGGGCUUGACGGGGUUUGGGAUAUUUUUCUCAAUCCUAGGAAUCAUCUUUUUCUUCGAUAAGGGACUUCUGGCUAUGGGGAAUAUUCUCUUUCUGUCAGGCGUGAUGCUGACCAUUGGGCUGAAAUCCACGAUGCAGUUUUUCACUAAGCCUAAGAAUUUCAAGGGUACAAUUUCAUUUGGAUCUGGCUUCACUUUAGUGCUUAUUGGAUGGCCUGUCAUUGGCAUGAUCUUGGAAUCGUAUGGAUUCAUCAUUCUCUUCCGUGGCUUUUGGUCAACACUAGCGAUAUUUUCACAAAGGAUCCCUAUAAUUGGCUGGUUACUCCAACAGCCAUUUGUAUCAUCGUCAUUCUGCAUUUUUCAUCUCUUGUUUUGCAGUUCUUUAAUCGCUACAGAGGCAAUAGAGUCCCGGUAUAAUUGGUCAACAAAUUUUUUUGUAGAUGCAUGCCCAACAUAUUGAAGUUCUAUGUGCAUAGCAGUCAACUAAAGCUCCAGACUGGCGAUUUUACUUUUUCAUUCUUGUGUUGGAUUAAAGGUUUGAAAUUGUUGUCAGAUAAUUGAUAUCUUGAUUAGGUUAAUUACUCGAUCCCUGUAAUAUAGCCUUUCCCUUGGAUGUCAUGAGCCUGUAGAUAUAGAUCUCUUACCUCCUGCUGAUCACCGAAUUGGUUAAUUGAGAAGAAAACCUCAUACUUUUGAUCAAA